GGCAACAAGAUCGGCUGUUGUGAGUAAAAAUGGAGAAGGCACGGUUUGACGAGGAGAAUGGAUCUCCCGACGUUCCAAGUGCAGGAUCCGGCAGCGUUUUGAUUAAAGUUCGUGCAGCUUCUGUCAAUCCUGUGGAAUACAAGAUGCGCCAAUGUGCAGUCUUGCGCAGCGCAAAUGCCCCGUUUGCUAUGGUGCCGGGGUUUGCAUUACCAGGAGUCGUUGCCGGCGUGUCGAAGUUUAAGAAGGGCGACGAGGUUUACGGCAACAUUCACGAUUUCACGGGUGGAAACCCUAAGCAGGCGGGCGCUCUGGAAGACUUUGCGGUGGCGGAUGAUCACAUGUUGGCGUUGAAGCCGAGCAGUUUGUCUUUCGAGGAAGCCGCCACUUUGCCGCUUGCGCUGCAGGCGUUCGACACCGUUGAUUUUCAGAAGGGGCAGAGCGUGUUUAUCGUGGGAGGCGCGGGCGGUGUGGGUAGCCUGGCCAUCCAACUGGCGAAGAAUGUUUUCGAAGCUUCUAGAAUUGUUUCGAGUUGCAUCACGGGGAAAUUUGAGUUUGUGAAAAGCCUGGGGGCAGAUCUGGUGGUAGAUUACACCAAGCAGAGCUACGAGCAAGUGGAUGAGAAAUUCGAUUUUGUUUUCGACACCAUAGGCGAAUCAUUCAAAUCUUAUGUGGUUGUAAAGGAGGGAGGUAAAAUCGUGGACAUUGCAUCGUUUCCCCCGCAUCCGAGAGCAUUGCAGUUUAUUGUGAAACCCCAAGGCAGUGAUCUGGAAAGGCUCGGCAAAUACAUUGAUAGCGGGAAGCUGAAACCUGUGAUCGACCCAAAGAGCCCCUAUGCUUUUUCUGAUGUUGUGAAGACAUCCAAACACCUGAAGAGUAGACGAGCUAGAGGAAAGAUUGUCAUUUCACCCAGAGCGGUUAAUUUGAUCAUGGCUUUCAUCAUCAGUUUGGCCUUCAUUUUCAUUAUUGUAGCGGCAGCAGCAGAAACACAACCUACCAAUCCUAAGCUUAAUCGAGGAGGAGAUCCACAACAUAAUUAAGUUAUCGUAGUCAUGUAUGGAACUAUGAACUCUCUUAAUAAUUUAUGAUUACAGAUUGUUAAGAAAACUCAGAUGUUUGGGGGCCCAUGGCCUAUCAUAGAUUUUGUUGGUUUGCUCUUGUUGACAUGAAGCGAGUGAAAAGACUGUCAUUUCCCCCACU